AGUUCAUAGACCUUUUGGUCCUUGUUUCUCUACCCGAAAGUAGGGUAACCUAACCAUAAAUUUUCUGUGGAAUUACUACCUGUACCAUGUCCGACCAACUUUGCUCGAGCUGCCACGAGCCUCUGCUCAUCGAGGUUGAGCCAGAUAGCGAUGUUGAAGAGAGCAAGGCGGCGGCCCAAGUCCAAAGCGUCCCCGAUGAUGUGGAAUUGUCCUGUGGCUGCCAUUACCAUUGGGAAUGUUUUCUAGAGUCCUACACCAUCACACAAUGCCCAAACUGCACCAAAGACAUAUCCUCUCUUUCUCCCACUGGGUCGCAACAGGUAUUGGUUACUCUCCGGAACGAAGGCGGCGUCCAGGAGCACUAUGACAUCCUCCCAGCAGCCACCGAAGAAGCCUACCUGCGCGCAUACCCCGAAGAGCGGAAAGGUCAUGCCUACCUGGAAUUCUGUCGCGAAGGCGACAUCGAUGCCAUCAUCCACAUGAUCAAGGACUCUGAGGAAGAGGAGGACGAAGAAGACGACGGGGAGAUUGCUGACAUAUUGCGAUACCGGGGUACGUUCGAGGGUAUUGAAGGUUCGGGGUUACACGUCGCCAUUCGAUAUAACCAACAAGAGGUGGCAUGGCUACUGCUGGCUCUCGGAUCUCAACUCGACUGGGCCAAGUUUCCAUCACUUGUUCUCCAAGCCAUGCAAGGUUUGGGAUUGCGCAAAGAAGACAGGAAAGGUGAGCCAGAUAUCAGGACUCUGGUUGACAGUGAUGGGCGAACACCCGCUGCAUUGGCAGGAGAGCUCGGAGGCUUGUGGUCAGAAUGGCUUAAUGAGGGCCGAUUGAUCCCUUGACUUUCAUUUCGAGUUGACUUUGUCUCACGCCAUAAUUCUCACAAGGACCUGCGUUGUGUCAUCGGUCGCUAGAGAUCUAAAGCAAUAGGCAUGAUAUGUUUGUUCUGCGACGUCCGAGUGAAUCAUAGCAGAAUGGAGGAGUGUUGCUGCCUGAUGCAAAGAAGACGCCGGGCUGAUUGAGGUAUCUCGUCGACUCACGAGCUGUUGGUCUGCUCCCGGUCUCGAAGAAUGUAUUUUGUAUGAGUGCCAUGGGCCACCACGCUUUUAUUUG